UCAGGGCAGACGGACACGGCGUCAGGAUGACAGGGAUGCUGAUCCCAAAGGUGCGUUAGAACAUCAUAGCCUCUCUGUUUUGGCUGUUGAGUUUCUCUUUAUAUUUUUGUUCGCUUUCAUCAUCAUACCUGGAGUUUAACGCUUUAGAAGAACCACAUUUAUGGAUUACUAAAAGCCCAGGGGACAAGCAGCUCAUGAUGGCGGUGGCUUUAGAAGCAGUGUGGGUGAGGGUGAAGAAUGUCCUGAAGCAGAACGGACUCCUCAUCCUCUCCGUGUUGGCUGUAGUCAUCGGCUGUCUUCUGGGGUUCUUCCUGAGAACACGGCGACUCUCAGAGCAGGAGGUGAAGUACUUUCAGUUUCCUGGUGAGCUGCUCAUGAGAAUGCUGAAGAUGCUCAUUUUACCACUCGUCGUCUCCAGUUUGAUGUCCGGCCUGGCCGCUCUCGAUGCCAAGUGUUCCAGUCGGCUCGGCUUGAUCACGGUCUCAUAUUAUUUGUGGACCACGUUUGUGGCUGUGAUCGUGGGGAUCAUGAUGGUGUCCAUUAUCCACCCAGGCGGUGCUGCCCAGAAAGAGGACUCUGAGGACAGCAGCAAGCAUAUCAUGAGUUCUGCUGACGCUCUGCUGGAUCUAAUCCGAAAUAUGUUCCCAUCAAAUCUGGUGCAGGCUACGUUUCAGCAGUACCAAACAAAAAGCCAGCUGAUAAUGAAGCCAAAGCCAACAGUGGUCCAGUCAGAGUCCACCACAAGGAGGCCGCUGAUCUAUGGCAUCCAGGAUGAUAACAGCAGCGACAUCCAGAACUUUGCUCUGGACCUGACUCCUCCUCCGGACGUGCUGGUACGCACUCGUGAAGGAACAAGUGAUGGAAUGAAUGUCCUCGGUAUUGUGAUCUUUUCAGCCACCAUGGGUAUUAUGUUGGGAAGAAUGGGUCCAAACGGAAGCGCCCUGGUAAACUUCUGCCAGAGUCUCAACGAAGCCGUUCUUAGAAUCGUUGCCAUUGUCAUCUGGUAUUUUCCAUUCGGCAUUGUGUUCCUGGUGGCCGGUAAAAUCCUGGAGAUGAGUGAUCCAUCUGCAAUGGGGAAGAAGCUGGGUUUUUAUGCCAUCACCGUGGUGUUUGGUUUGGUGUUACAUGGCUUGUUCAUCCUGCCUGCCAUGUAUUUCUUCAUCACUAAAAAGAGCCCCAUCGUUUACAUUCGAGGAAUCCUGCAAGCCUUGCUCAUAGCUCUGGCGACUUCCUCCAGCUCUGCCACUUUGCCUAUAACCUUCAAGUGCCUCUUAGAGAAUAAUCACAUCGACCGGCGCAUCAUACGGUUUGUGCUGCCAGUGGGCGCUACUAUCAACAUGGACGGCACUGCCCUGUAUGAGGCCGUGGCGGCCAUCUUCAUAGCACAAGUUAAUCAUUACGAGCUGGACUUUGGCCAGAUUAUCACCAUCAGCAUCACAGCAACAGCAGCAAGCAUCGGUGCAGCUGGGAUACCUCAAGCUGGACUCGUCACCAUGGUGAUUGUGUUAACAUCCGUUGGGCUGCCCACUGAUGACAUCACCCUGAUCAUUGCAGUGGACUGGGCGCUAGACAGAUUCAGAACGAUGGUUAAUGUUAUGGGUGAUGCUUUGGCCACAGGCAUCAUGGCCCACAUCUGCAGGAAAGACUUCAUGAAAGAAGGAGAUGGGGUACCUCUGGUGUUCGAGGCGGAAAUCCCAGUUAAUAAUCCGCCGACAAUGAACUGCCACAACAACAAUGGGAACGUUCGGCCUCCCUCCUCAGGAGUCAAACACAAGCUCAUCCCUCCUGACGUGGCUCGACUAAUGCAGCUGGAGGAAGGUGUUCCGCAGAUUUCAGACAAAAAGAAACCCCCGAUUCCUCCAAGAUACCUGAAGAAGAGCAAAGAACACUGCACUAUCGACCUGAAUGGCCUUGAGAGCAUCGUAUAGCCUCCAAGAUAAACCUGAUGUGAUAUUUGUGUGUUUGGACUGAUGGGUGCCCAGACGCUUGUCGGGGCGUCUUUAUUUUCUUUAUGUUCUGCAGUACCAAAUCUGAACAUCUACAGUAUCUCACAAAAAGGAAGUACACCCCUCAUGUUGUUGUAAAUGUUUUAUUAUUUGACGACACAAAAGGCACGACAUGUUAAUUCAAUGUAGAGUGUUUAGUUUGUAUAACAGCGUAAAAUUGCUGUCCUCUCAAAAUAACUGCCAACAAAGUGAGUAAACCCCUGAGUGUAAAAAGGCAAAAUUGCUCAAAAUAUUGCUCAACAUUCUGUCUGACCCCUGUUAGUUUAGCUCCACGACAACAUCACAGCG